AUGGGCGGUGGAGAUAAACUGUGGAGAGCGAUUGCAAAGUUGGGAGUUUCCAGUGGGACUUCAAACAAGGAUUACAGGAGCCUUGUAAAGGAGAUGGAUAUUGCUGAGAAGGGUAGAUUGGCAAUAGGGAAGGAAACAAAGUUAGGUUCUAUCUCUGAAGCUAUGGCAGGUAACUGCUGGGGCCAUGGGGACGUCGGGUUCUCGUAUUCUGCUUCGAAUGGCGCAUCAGGGGGUCUUUUAAUCUUAUGGAAUCCUGGUUCAGUGGAGGUGGUAUGCAGUUUCAAGGGAGAGGGUUACCUAGGGGUCAAGGUAAGAUGGAAGAAUUUCAUUUACUACAUUGUGAACAUAUACUCUCCUUGUUCUUUUGCGGCGAAACGUAGCUUGUGGAUGAAUCUUUUGAAGAUAGUAGGUGGGGAUGGAGAGUGGAUUUUCGGGGGAGAUUUCAACGCUGUGAAAACCAAAGAGGAGAGAAGGGGUUGUUCGGUUCUGGAUAAUAGGAGAGAAUGGGUUGAAUUUUCAGAUUUUAUUGACAGAAGCGAUUUAUCUGAUAUUCCUUGCCGUGGAAAGAAAUUCACUUGGUUUAGCGGAGACGGCAAGUCUAAAAGUAGGAUUGACCAUUUUCUUGUGGCGGACGCUACUAUGGAUAGAUGGGGGGUAGUUGGUCAGUUUGUAGAUUUGAGAGAUAUAUCCGAUCAUUGCCCCAUUUGGAUUAUGGUGGAAAAGUCCAAUUGGGGCCCGAAACCUUUCAGGUCCAAUAACGAAUGGUUUUCCCAUAAAGAUUUCUUGCCGUUUGUGGAGAAAGAAUGGCUAGCGUUGUCGGUUGAAGGAAGGGGCGAAUUUGUGCUUAAAGAAAAAUUGAAGUUGUUAAAAUCUAGGCUCAAGUGGUGGAACAUUAACAUUUUCGGGAGGAUAGAGUUGGAGAUGCAGGAAGGGAUCAAGGAUAUGAACGCUAUGGAUGAAUGGGAUGCCGAGACCAGUAUUCCUAUGGAUCCCGAAGUAGUGACAUCGAAAAGGAAACUAUCUAGUAGCAAGUUUUGGUUGAAUUUGAAGAUCAAGGAGAAUAUGCUUAUCCAAAAAUCGAGAUUGAAUUGGCUCAACGAUGGUGACAACAAUAGCAAAUUUUUCCAUUCGGUAAUGAAAGGAAGGAGGCGCCUUAAUCACAUUGGUCCCUUAGUGACUCAAGCGGGUAUGAUAGAAUCGGUGGAAGGGGUUAGAGAAUAG